CUCGGCGGCCGGCGACCCGCGUGCGGCCGGCCUCGGCCCUCACCGGCCCGGGUCGCCGCUGCCCUCUGCUCCUCUCCCCGCGCGGCCCCCGCGCCAGACGGCCCGCCCCCGGGGCGCGCUCGCAGACCGAGAUAUGAGGAUCAAUGAUGCAGACUGCUGGGUUCGAUGAAGCUGGGCAUUUAUAACUAGAUUCAUUAAGGAAUACAAAGAAAAUAUUUAAAGGGAUCAAUAAUGGUGUCUUCUGGUUGCAGAAUGCGAAGUCUGUGGUUUGUCAUUAUAAUCAGCUUCUUACCGAAUAUAGAAGGUUUCAGCAGAGCAGCUUUACCAUUCGGGCUAGUUAGGCGAGAAUUAUCCUGUGAAGGUUAUUCUAUAGAUCUGCGAUGUCCAGGCAGUGAUGUCAUCAUGAUUGAGAGCGCUAACUAUGGUCGGACGGAUGACAAGAUUUGCGAUGCUGACCCAUUUCAGAUGGAGAAUACAGACUGCUACCUCCCAGAUGCCUUCAAAAUUAUGACUCAAAGGUGCAACAAUCGAACACAGUGUAUAGUAGUUACUGGGUCAGAUGUAUUUCCUGAUCCCUGUCCUGGAACAUACAAAUAUCUUGAAGUCCAGUAUGAAUGUGUCCCUUACAUUUUUGUGUGCCCUGGGACCUUGAAAGCAAUUGUGGAUUCACCAUGUAUAUAUGAAGCUGAACAAAAGGCAGGUGCUUGGUGCAAGGACCCUCUUCAGGCUGCAGAUAAAAUUUAUUUCAUGCCCUGGACUCCCUAUCGUACUGAUACUUUAAUAGAAUAUGCUUCUUUAGAAGAUUUCCAAAAUAGUCGCCAAACAACGACAUAUAAACUUCCAAAUCGAGUAGAUGGUACUGGAUUUGUGGUAUAUGAUGGUGCUGUCUUCUUUAACAAAGAGAGAACCAGGAACAUUGUGAAAUUUGACUUGAGGACUAGAAUUAAGAGUGGAGAGGCCAUAAUUAACUAUGCCAACUAUCAUGAUACCUCACCAUAUAGAUGGGGAGGGAAGACUGAUAUCGACCUAGCAGUUGAUGAAAAUGGCUUAUGGGUCAUUUACGCCACUGAACAGAACAAUGGAAUGAUAGUUAUUAGCCAACUAAAUCCAUAUACUCUUCGAUUUGAAGCAACGUGGGAGACUGUGUAUGACAAACGUGCUGCAUCAAAUGCUUUUAUGAUCUGCGGAGUCCUCUAUGUGGUCAGGUCAGUUUAUCAAGACAAUGAGAGUGAAACAGGCAAGAAUGCAAUCGAUUACAUUUACAAUACCCGAUUAAACCGAGGAGAAUAUGUAGAUGUUCCCUUCCCCAACCAAUACCAGUAUAUUGCUGCAGUGGAUUACAAUCCUAGAGAUAACCAACUCUACGUGUGGAACAAUAACUUCAUUUUACGAUAUUCUCUGGAGUUUGGUCCACCUGAUCCUGCCCAAGUGCCUACCACAGCUGUGACAAUAACUUCUUCAGCUGAGCUGUUCAAAACCACAGUAUCAACCACAAGCACUACUUCACAGAAAGGCCCCAUGAGCACAACUGUAGCUGGAUCACAGGAAGGAAGCAAAGGGACAAAACCACCUCCAGCAGUUUCUACAACCAAAAUUCCUCCUGUAACAAAUAUUUUUCCCCUGCCAGAGAGAUUCUGCGAAGCAUUAGACGCGAGGGGGAUAAAGUGGCCUCAGACACAAAGGGGAAUGAUGGUUGAACGGCCAUGUCCCAAGGGAACAAGAGGAACUGCAUCCUAUCUCUGCAUGGUUUCCACUGGAACAUGGAACCCUAGGGGCCCUGAUCUUAGCAACUGUACCUCACACUGGGUAAAUCAGCUGGCUCAGAAGAUCAGAAGUGGAGAAAAUGCUGCUAGUCUUGCCAAUGAACUGGCUAAACAUACCAAAGGGCCGGUGUUUGCUGGGGAUGUGAGUUCUUCAGUGAGAUUGAUGGAGCAGUUGGUGGACAUUCUUGAUGCACAGCUGCAGGAACUGAAACCUAGUGAAAAGGAUUCCGCCGGACGGAGUUAUAACAAGCUCCAAAAACGAGAGAAGACAUGCAGGGCUUACCUUAAGGCAAUUGUGGACACAGUGGACAAUCUUCUGAGACCUGAAGCUUUGGAAUCCUGGAAACACAUGAAUUCUUCUGAGCAAGCUCAUACAGCAACAAUGUUACUUGAUACAUUGGAAGAAGGAGCUUUUGUCCUGGCUGACAAUCUUGUAGAACCAACGAGGGUCUCCAUGCCUACAGAAAAUAUCGUUCUGGAAGUUGCAGUACUCAGUACCGAAGGACAGGUUCAAGACUUUAAAUUUCCUCUGGGCAUCAAAGGCGCAGGCAGCUCAAUCCAGCUCUCUGCAAAUACUGUCAAACAGAACAGCAGGAAUGGGCUUGCAAAGUUGGUGUUCAUCAUUUACCGGAGUUUGGGACAGUUUCUUAGUACAGAAAAUGCAACCAUAAAACUGGGUGCUGACUUUAUUGGUCGGAAUAGCACGAUUGCAGUGAAUUCCCACGUCAUUUCCGUUUCACUCAAUAAAGAAUCCAGCCGAGUCUACUUGACAGAUCCUGUGCUUUUCACCCUGCCACACAUUGAUCCUGACAAUUAUUUCAAUGCAAACUGCUCCUUCUGGAACUACUCAGAAAGAACUAUGAUGGGAUAUUGGUCUACCCAGGGCUGCAAGCUGGUUGACACUAAUAAAACCCGUACAACGUGUGCAUGCAGCCACCUAACCAAUUUUGCAAUUCUCAUGGCCCACAGGGAAAUUGCAUACAAAGAUGGAGUUCACGAAUUACUCCUUACAGUCAUCACCUGGGUGGGAAUUGUCAUUUCCCUUGUUUGCCUGGCUAUAUGCAUCUUCACCUUCUGCUUUUUCCGUGGUCUGCAGAGUGACCGCAAUACUAUUCACAAGAACCUUUGUAUCAACCUUUUCAUUGCGGAAUUUAUUUUCCUAAUAGGCAUUGACAAGACGAAAUACAUGAUUGCUUGUCCAAUAUUUGCAGGACUUUUACACUUUUUCUUUUUGGCCGCUUUUGCUUGGAUGUGUCUAGAAGGUGUACAGCUCUACCUGAUGUUGGUUGAAGUGUUUGAAAGUGAAUAUUCAAGGAAGAAAUAUUAUUAUGUUGCUGGUUACUUGUUUCCUGCCACCGUGGUUGGGGUUUCAGCUGCUAUUGACUAUAAGAGCUAUGGAACAGAAAAAGCUUGCUGGCUUCAUGUUGAUAACUAUUUUAUAUGGAGUUUCAUUGGACCAGUUACCUUCAUUAUUCUGCUAAAUAUUAUCUUCCUGGUGAUCACAUUAUGCAAAAUGGUGAAGCACUCAAACACUUUGAAACCAGAUUCUAGCAGGUUGGAAAACAUUAAGUCUUGGGUGCUUGGCGCUUUUGCUCUCCUAUGUCUUCUUGGCCUAACCUGGUCAUUUGGGUUGCUUUUUAUUAAUGAGGAGACUAUUGUGAUGGCAUAUCUCUUCACCAUCUUUAAUGCUUUCCAGGGAGUGUUCAUUUUCAUCUUUCACUGUGCUCUCCAAAAGAAAGUACGAAAAGAAUAUGGCAAGUGCUUCAGACACUCCUAUUGCUGCGGCGGCCUCCCGACUGAGAGCCCCCACAGUUCAGUGAAGGCAUCAACCACCAGAACUAGUGCUCGGUAUUCCUCUGGCACACAGAGUCGAAUAAGAAGGAUGUGGAAUGACACUGUGAGAAAACAGUCUGAAUCUUCUUUUAUCUCAGGUGACAUCAAUAGCACUUCAACACUUAAUCAAGGAAUGACUGGCAAUUACCUACUAACAAACCCUCUUCUUCGACCCCACGGCACUAACAACCCCUAUAACACAUUGCUCGCUGAAACAGUUGUAUGUAAUGCCCCUUCAGCUCCUGUAUUUAACUCACCAGCAACCUACAGAGAGACAAGUAUGGGAGUCAAACUUAACUUUGCCUAUCAAAUGUAAAUUUUUUCAGCAUGAUUUUUAACCGGCACAAUUAAAACAUAACUAGCAGUCAUGAAGUAGACUCAGCGGGCAAGUGGUUCACAAUUUCCAACUAAACUGGUACCAAAUUCAAACAGUACAUCUGUCUGUACUGCCUUUUGUCAGUAAUAGAGGUCUGUAGCAAAUGCUGUCCAUACUUAAGUAUAUGCAAUGCUGAAAUAAUUUGCUCUUUAAAGCCUGAGGUGCUGUCAACCAGAAAGCUUAAUAAUUGACUUAUCAUUUCUGCAUUCCCACAGUAAUCUUGCUACAGGCUGUGGAAAGUCUUCAAGUGAAUUACCUGAACUUGGGCAGAAAAAGUUGCCUCUUCAAAACCAGUCAAAGAUGUGCUUAAAUCUGCAGUAUAUCAUAGAAAACACCUUUUGCAUUACCCAGUAUAUAUUUUUAUAUUUAUUAAGCAAUGGUAAAAGGAAAGAAAAAUGGCACGAUCGAACCUCGAUAGAGGAAACAAUUGCUAGAAAGUGAUCUGUGUGUCACCUAGAACUUAAACACCAAAUGUUUUCUAAAUAAAGAUGGUGGCACAUGCAUGAAUUAGGUAGCUAGACAGUUAUGUGAAUCAAACUAAAGGAAGCCUUACAGAUACUAUUAUAAUAACUUCAUUUUGUUAUAUGUGGAGCCUGGUAAAAAUGAAAUUGUCCGUUUUUCCAAUGUAGACGUUGGAUCAGAGUUUUUUAAAAUAAAACCAGUCACCAACACCUACUCACACACCUACUCAUUUUCUGCUAAUGAGAAGCUAUUGAACAGUUCCCACAUAUUUAUUGGUCAUGAAAUCGAGUUUUCUAGGAUAAUCUGCAGCUUUAAGAGUGGAGUCAGCACGAGAAAGGGAAAUUUCCUAUUUUUUCCAAGAAUGAAAUUUUUCCUCGACUCCUCCAAGCCUUGCAUACAAUGCAGCAGCCUCACAGUGGCCAGUGUCAUUCAGUAACAUCAUUUCAUUCUUUUUUUUUUCCAGACCUAUCUGUAAACAAGUGAUUUUUUUUUUUUCUCUAGGAUUUUGAGAAUGAAUAACCUAACUUACCAUGGUGCAGAUCAUUUAAUUUUCUCUAAAACUUUUUAUUUUCAUUUGCCUGAGAAGCACUGUGAUGUCUCAGUUUACAUGUUUAUGUGUCUGUAGAAAUAAAACUCUGAUUCCAAGAGAGCAUGUUACCAUCUUUUUUUUCCUUCUAAACCUCUUUUCAUAUCUUCAGCAGACUUAUCCAGUCUUUCAUUCCUUUAGAGAUAAAUAUAUAUUAGCCAAGGCUGACACCCUUUUCCCAUUCCAUAGUUAAUAUCUAUUAUUGGUUUGAUUUCUGUGACCCAUACUUAAGAAAUCUCUAACAUUUCUGCGUCUAACCUCCAUGCCCAUGGUGUCUGUGGGCCAGUCUCGUACAGUAGACUCUGCUGGUUCAUUCGGUGCUGUCACUGUGGCUGAUGCAACUGCAGGGCUGCAGGCAAACUUUGACCAUUAGGAGCCUGGGGCCGUUGCGAUUAGAGAGAGUAUUAGUACCAAAAGGAAACAAAAAAAUCAAAACGAUAACUAUUAAAUGAAAAAGCAAAAGGCUGCUAUUGCUGGUAAUCUAAUUUGUUGAACCCUUGCUCUGACUAAGUUGCUGAGAAGCUUAGAAAUUCUUCAUCAUGUUACAAUAAAUCAUUUUACUUUCUUUUAUAUAUCAGCUACUCUUAGGCCAGAUAGCCUGAGCAGACAGACAUGAUGUGAGUUGUCCAAAGUGAGUCAUUCCACCUGCUGUCUUUCGUGUUGUCGGAUGGUGCUUGUGGGCCCUUGGUCCCGUCAGUGUGAGAGAUGGCUGUCUUCGUUGAACAUGAUUCUUUGUAUCUGUCCAUUUUUUUCAUUCUUUUUUUUACUCCAUCUCCAGAAAAAGGAAAUGUUAGAAUGUUGUUUAAAAAGUUGCUUGCCAGUUAUGUGGGUUUAUGUUGUACAUUUGCCUUCGGUUUUUGUAUGUGACUUAUUCCUUUUUUAAUUUAGUGUUGUUUAGGACAAAUUCUGUUAAUUUUAUUUUUAUAAACCAUAGUCUCGUACUUUAAAAUGUAAAUGUCACUAAUGAAUUGCUUUGCAUUAACUAUGCAAGGGCAUGGAGUGAAGUCUUCCUUGUAAGAGUGUCAGAGAUUUGACCAAAAAUCAAUUGAUAACUACCGUCUCCCCGAAAUUGAUCAAAUAAUAUUCUGUAUGCCAUCUUCCCUCCCUGGAAAACAGUAUUAUUCUUUCACACUUCUUCCUAUUAUCUAAGGGGUUGCAACUGUUUACCGUUGGGAAUGCGGGAAAGCCUGGCACUGUUCAGGUGUUAGCUUUCAAAUACAACUUUGUCCUGAACGACAUUAAAAAGUUUUGUACAAAAGAAGUAAAGAUGCUUUGGGAAGGAACAGCGGCAGUAACGGAAACCCCCCCC